ACAACAACAUUUUUUACACAAAAACACGGGGGGAAACCUCCAAAGUCCAAACUCUCCACAGCCAUGUCCGUCGCCGCAGCCGACUGGCUCCCGGCCGCGACCGUCACGGCGUCCGGCCGGCCGGUGCUGUCCGCCGGCGAGAUCGAGCGGCACCUGCUUCCGCUCGUCGACCUGGAGCCCGAGGAGAACCCCCGCCUCGCGCCCCUCCGCGACUGCCUCCUCGCGCUCACCUCCCACCGGCUCGUCUUCCUCCACGAGGCCUCCCUCUCCGCCCGCGCCCUCCCGCUCGCGUCCAUCGUCCACGCCUACCCGCCCCACCGCAGGCACAACCACAACCCACUCCGCUCCCUCUUCUCCUCCUCGUCCUCCUCGUCGUCGUCGCAUCACCCGCGCAUCCGCAUCCAGAUCUCCCUGCCCCCGUCGCGGUCGGAGGUCGUCGCCGUCGUCGUCACCUGCAAGGCGGACGUGGAUGUGUUCUACGGGAGGCUGCUCGAGGCCAUCCGCGCGAGGGCCUGGGAGGCGACCGCCUCGGCUGCUCCGGCCAGUGGCGCCCCGGUGGCUGAGGGAGCCGCCCCAGCCGAGGAGGAUCUGGCGAUCAGGAUGCCCGUGGUUGGAGUGGCAGGGAUACUGCGGAAGGAGCAGGAGACGUGGGAGAGCGCGGGGCAGAACUUGCAGGAUGCCUUCCAGGAUCUCAAUGCCCUCAUGAGCAAAGCCAAGGAAAUGAUGGAGCUGGCAGAGAAAAUGAGGCAAAAGCUAUGGACGAACUCAUCUGCUCAAUCCAAUUCUAAUGACGAAGAGAUGGGUUCUAAGCAAGACAUGCGGGAUUUGCUAUUGAGCGUAGGCAUCGUGUCGUCAACCCUGCCGGCCGUUUACAAGUACCUUCGAAUGUUCUAA